AUGGCGCCUGCGCUCAACCUUCCGGCUCCGGCCCACGGUUCUGACAACACGCUCGCCUCCUCAUCCGCCACAUCCAGCUCCAAGUUUGCUUCAACAGGUGGCAUCAUCUAUCCGCCGCCCGAGCUGCGCAGAACUAUCGACAAGGCGGCAGAGCUGAUUGCAAAGAAGGAUCCGUCCUUCGAGAACAACAUCAAAGCAGCGGAACAGAACAACCCAAAGUUUGCCUUUCUCAAAGAAGACGAUGCUUACCACGCUUACUACGCUUCUCGUCGUGAUGCUGUGCGACGAGGCGAGACUUUGACUCCGGUAGCAUCCGAGUCUGCAUCUAAUGCUGUCAUCACCGAUAGCUCGAUCCAGGGAGGAAGCACCGACGCGGCAGCUGGCCCCUCCACACAGGUUCCACCAGAGCCACACCCAUUCGAGUUCUCUGCCGACCUUCCCAACAUCACGGCCGUCGACCUCGACAUUCUCAAGCUCACAGCACUCUUCACCGCUCGCAAAGGUCGAUCUUUUGCAACAUCAGUCCUCUCACGCGAGUCCAAAUCCUACCAAUUCGAGUUCCUGCGUCCAUCACACUCGCUCUUCACUUACUUCAAUCAUCUUGUUGAGCAGUAUCAAAAGGUCAUUUCGCCUCCCCUAUCAGUUCUCGACAGCGUCAAGCUUGGUGCAUAUGGUACCACAGACCAAGCUGGUAUUGCUCAACAGCGUGCGAGGUCGUCACUCGGGGCGGGCAAGGGUGGGGCAAGGCCUUACCUUCUCGAACAGUCAAAGGCUAGGGCUGAGUGGGAAAGGUACACAAGGGAGAAGCGCAAAAAGCAGGAUGAGGAUCAAGACAAGCAGCGUCAAGCUUUCAACGAAAUCGACUGGCAGGACUUUGUUGUCGUCGGCACUGUGGAGCUUACCGAGGCUGACCAGCACAUCGAUCUGCCGCCACCGCGCUCGCUGCGCGAGAUGGAGACAAUGACGUUAGCUCAGAAGAAGAUGGCGAGCAUGAUCAUGGAGUCUGACGCGGCUGCAGACGAUGUCGAAGACGUCGAGGAGCUGUCCAUGCCGGGCAGACCUGCAACUUCCAUCUCUGCACAAGCAUCUACAUCGACGCCAACAACUCCCAUCGUUGAAGAGGUUCAGCAAAUGGGGAGCAGAGGUGGCACCAUCAAGGUUCGCAAGGAUUACGUUCCUCGUGGUCUCGCGUCUCGUGCAAAGCCUUCCGGUACCUCAGUUGCCAUGACCAAAUGUCCCGUUUGCGGUGAUCAGGUCGCCAUCGAUGAGAUGGCCGAGCAUGUCCGAUUCGAGCUGCUCAAUCCCGCCUAUCGCGAACAGCGCCAGCAACUCGAAGCCAAGAAAGCCCAACAAGCCGCGCUUCAAGCUGGUGCAGACCCUACCUACUACCUCAAGCAGCUCGCUUCGAGUCGUGCCGACGAGGACGAGGAGACAAGGCUCAAGAGAGAGGCCGAAGAGAGGAGGCUCGCAAAGGAGAAGGAGAAGAUCAUCUGGGACGGUCACGCAAAGUCGAAGCAGGCGGCCAUGGACCUCAUCGCCAAAAAUGCGGCCUUGGAACAAGAGAUGACCAGGUUAUCGGGCAAGCCUAUUGUGACGCUGCCAGAAUUUGGGCCGCAAUUCCCUGGUAUGGACGACUCAAUACCGGAAGACGACCAGGACGAUGAAGCUGCCGACAAACCAAUACAGCUACCAAAGGGAAGCUUGCUGCCUGCAAAGCCCGUCGCCGCGUCGUCAUUUUCGUCGCCACAGCCACAGCCACAACCUUUCGGUGCAGGCCUCAAGCGUCCCGCCUCGACCGAGCUGUCUCCGCCACCAGCGCCUCCAGCACCUCUUCCCUCGUCCUCUUCGACAUUAGCCAAGAAGACGGACGGAUCGUUGCAUCCAGAAAAGACUUGGACCGAAGCACACGCUCGACCCACCGUCACACUAACCCUUGCCCUACCAGGUCAAGACGAGUCCUCCGCCAGAGAAGAGCCCUACGAAGCAGCGAUCAAGUCGACAGUGGCCACUUUGAGAGACUACGUUCACCAGGACCUGCUCAACAGCGCCAUCGCAGCCAGCAAGAUCAAGAUCAAGGUCAAUGGAAAGCCCGCAACUUUGAAGCAGACAUUGGCCUACUGGAACUUGACCGACGGCGAUCGUGUGACGAUUGAUAUCACAAAGUAA